AUGGACCCUUGUUCUGACUCAUUCCAAAAUUUGGAAGAACCUGACGACCGUAUUGUUCGUCGACUUGUUCUUGACUACCUAAUCCAUAAUUGCUAUGGUGAAACAGCUAGAAUUUUCUUAAAAGAUAGUCAAGACCUCAAUGUAUCCUCCCAAAAAGAAAUCCCUUUUACCAACGGUUUCUCGCAAAAUGGUUCAAAUAAAACUGUUCCAAUGGAUACGAGCGAACCCGACGCUGACGGUGAUCUCGAAAUGGUUGAUUCAAAUGAAGAUUUUAUUCACGUUAAUGCUUCAAAUAAUUCUUUAUCUACGCCGUCUAAAAAUUCAAAGUUAUUCCCUACAUGGAGAAACAAGCGACACUCUAAUAUAAAGUUUUGUUCAGAGUCUGCUUUGGAAAGUUUAGAAAUUCGAAAGCAGAUACGCAAGUUUAUAAUAUCUGGUGAUAUUCCAUCUGCUCUAUCUUUGUGCCGAUCCACUUUUCCGGAAGUUGUAUCUACUGGAGAUCUAACAACUCCACGCUCUACUGAGAUGUGCUUCAAACUCCAAUUACAGCAAUUCAUAGAAACUGUACGUUCGGGAAAUUUCGACGAAGCUUUGACAUAUGCUCAAUCUGUGUUGGCUGAGUAUCCUACACUUGGCGGUGAAAAUGAACAAAAAUAUCGUGAUGAAUUUGAGAAAGUGUGUCCGUUAAUUGCAUAUGAAAAUCCAGAAAAUUCUCCAUCUGCCCCAUUAUUAUCUCAGGAACAUCGCGAUAAAUUGGCCGAUGAAAUCAACAGUGCAAUACUUUCUUUUGAUAGUCAUGUGAACGAAUCUGCUCUUGAAAGACUUAUAAAGCAAGCGAUAGUAGUACGUGAAUAUUUACACCUCGUUAUAACAAAAGGGCAUAGAAAGAUGUACGCGGAAUGGCGUCUUUCCACUUUCCUUCAAGAAGGCAGUGAAGGAAAUGUCCGUUUGUCCCGUCUAUGUGGAAACUUUUGA